CAUGUCGUCUGCACGAAUCCUCCUCUCCUCUGCUUUGGCGCUGCUCUUCUCUUCUCUGGCCGCCUCCCAAAGCUCUCCAACGCUCCCAAGUUCAUACCCUCACGCCUACCCCGGACAACCAAGCGGCGACUAUAACCCUGCAUGGCAGAAAGAUUUUCGAGUCACGGAUCCACUACCCGGCAUAACCUUCCCUCUAAGUCGAAGUUACGCAGGGAACAUCGGUGUUCAACGAGCUGGCCAUCCCAACAACACCCUCUUCUUCUAUGGAUUCGAGAAACCCAAAGGGUCUCUAACAGCUUCUCCAAGUUCACGGAAUCGCGAUCCUUGGGGUAUUUGGUUGAACGGCGGCCCGGGGUCGUCUAGCAUGUUUGGUCUAUUCUUUGAGAACGGGCCUAUUCGAAUCAACGGCGACUAUUCGCUCCAGUCUAACCCAUACAGCUGGGACAAGCUCGCGGAUUAUUUCUGGAUAGACCAACCAGGUGGGGUGGGGUACUCAACAGCCGACGCAGACGGCUAUGCUCCAACGGAGGACCAGAUUGGAAAGGACUUGAUGGGUUUCUUGGGCAACUUGGUCAAAGUAUUCCCCAGUCUCGCGACGAGACCCCUUCACCUAACUGGCGAAAGUUUUGCUGGGCAAUACAUGCCGUACAUCUUGAAAGCUUACUUCGACAUGCCAAAUCCACCAGUCAAGAUCGCCAAAAUCGCUAUUGGUGCUGGCACUUACACUUCUGAACAAGUCUUCGAGCUUCUCCCUGCGCUUAGCGUAAUCGAGACCUUCCCUCAAAUCAUCGGCUACGACAAAGAUGUUUUUAAUUACUUUAAGGAGCAGACAGCACUUUGCGGCUUCGACGUCAACCUCACCUACCCACAAAACGGGAUCAUCCCUGACGUCGAACUCAUUUUUCCAACCGACCGUGACAUUCCCUGGGCUCUUCAGCAGCGAUACGCGAAGAAGACGUUCCUGAUGGAACUUACGCGUCGAGCAGAGGAAGAGCUACGGUCACCAUCGUUGGUUAAACGCGACCAAGUAGCCGGGAGAGAGCAAUGGAAGCGUGACCUCUCCCUGCGGGCGAAUGGGACAAUUGACCCGUGGUAUGGUUGCUUCCUCCUUGACAUGUUCAUCGAUUACGCUCUCAACUACACCUUCCCUUGGGCGUUGACUGAUAACCCAGAAGGGUUCCCUUUCAAGGUGUACAACAUCCCCGAUGCAUUGAACCCCAAGGUAGCCCAAGACGCCAGCGUUUUCUUAAACGAUCCUCGCACAAGGGCCGCCUUACAUGCUCCUACCAGCAAGGACUGGUCGCUCUCCUUCCGAUUCCCAUUCGGCGCAGACCCAGAUGACGGAACCCCCAUGUCAAUCAACAUUUUCACCGACCUUGCUACAAAUGCAACGGCAAAGGGAGUGAAAGUGGUCUUGUUCUCUGGAAACGACGAUGCUCUCAUCCCGCAUCUUGGCACAGAAGUCGCAAUCCAGAACACCACCUUCGGCGGCAUCCAAGGGUUUUCGCAAAGGCCUUCAACGCCUUGGUACGGUGACUCUGGAAAGUUCGCUGGAGUUGUGCACCAAGAGCGAGGCUGGACAUACGCGCUAUUUUAUGGUGCUGGGCAUCUCGUCCCUCUUGACGCACCUGCGAAGGCGUUCACGUUCCUGCGAGAAUUCAUACUGGGAAAUAACAUGCUCGGCACCGUGGUGAAUACACCUUCGGGCAGGCCCAUGGUCAUCGGUGGGCAAAACCCGGCUCUUGAAGGUGCCAUCCAAGGCGCAGACGAGAUCUACUACGGUUUCGGUGCCACACAGUCGACUUACGUAUUCCCCUCGGCCACGCGGGAAGCAUGGAAGGCGUUUAUCGACGCAGAGCGACCUCAAGAAACAGGCAUUCUGUCGAGGAUCGCGGGCACAAGUGCCGCUCGUUCCGCAUACGAUCUCUCUUGGAUUACCCUGUCGCUUGUGGGGGUAACAUUGUGGUCCCAACUCUG